AUGUCUUUGAAUUCUUUUCUGAUCAUACUCUGGAUACACAAAGCCAAAGGUUUCGAUUAUCGUUGGCUUAAACGUACCAAAGAAAAAGAAAGACUUCCUAUUCAUUCUGAAUGUUGUAGUAAAGUGUCAGAUAAGGUAUUGGUACUUUCUUAUAUGCAAUUGAAUUCUGAUAGCCUUGCUCAGAAGUCGUACGCUGACUUGGAUAGACCUAGACCUAGUUUGGAACCACAGACGUUUCUGAUUGGCUCGAUAAGUGGAGUAGUUAAGCAUAUCAAAGGCUGGGAAGCCAGUUGUUUAGUCAUUUUGAAAGCCCACGCGGAAACGUACAGUAUUAGACUGCUUCUUCAUGUAGCUCUGAGAAAAAUGGCUUUCAAAGGGUCAAGGGUCAUAAUUAUGUACAAUAUAUUGAGAAAUGAGCAAAUACCGCAGAUAUUGGCCUUCAUAGUCGGGGCUUUUACCCAGUCUCCUGUGGAGGGGGUAGUCUGA